AUGGGUAAAGAGAAGCCAAAAAAUACAAGGGGAGUACGAGAAACGAAAGUGAUUUCUUUCUUUCUUUCUUUCUUUCUUUCUUUCUUUCUAUCUAUCUAUCUAUCACAGUCUGUUUUGUAUCUAUCUCAGUUAUUUAUAUCUAUCUAUCUAUCUAUCUAUCUAUCUAUCUAUCUAUCUAUUUCAUCUGUUUAUAUCUAUCUCAGUUUAUAUCUAUUUAUCUAUCUAUUUAUCUAUCUAUCUCUGUUUAUAUUUGUUUGUUUCUAUCUAUCUAUCUAUCUAUCUAUCUAUCUAUCUAUCUAUCUAUCUAUCUAUCUCAUCUGCUUCUAUCUAUCUAUCUAUCUAUCUAUCUAUCUAUCUAUCUAUCUAUCUAUGUACACACAUAUACAAACAUCAUUUCACCUCAACGGACACGCUGAGAUAAAGCACAAUGUAUCCAUUUUUGUUACUCUUUUCGUAAAAGAAAAGUAUAUCUCCAUAUGUUCCGAGUCUGACUUCCUCUCUCUUCCUCUCCCAGUAUUUCAAACGAUUUUUCCAGCUUUCGUUUUUUCACUCUUUCUCUGUCUCUCUUAG